AUUGAUAAUUUUUUAGAAAACCCAAGGGGAAUGCUCGAGAAUGACAUCAUGCAAUACGUACGGGAUCUCUUGUUCUUGGACUAUUCAAGAUAAUUUUAAUGAAACUUAGAUAUGGGGCUCUCUUCAUUAUUAUUUUUUUCUGUCGUUGUUAGUAAGUUGAUUGAGAAAACCAUAAACCACGUUAAAUCGGCCGACAAAAAGAAAAGUUAAACCGAUAACAAAUUUAAUUUGGUUAAACCACCGGUAGAGUCACCCACAAACAAACCGGUAGAGUCAAGAAAAGGAAAUAAUGAACACGAAAAAAGAAAUACAUCAUUAAAUUAAAUGACCGUUAUAAAAUUAUUUCAAGAAAAGGAAAUAAGGGAUGUAAAAAAAGAAAGUGAACAUUGUGAUUUACGCGUUUUUCAGCCUUUUUUUUCUUGUAAAUACGAACAUCAAUCACCAACGUACCACCUUCUCAACUUUCUCUUUUUUUUUUUUCUUUUUGAAUGAAUGUUAAGUUUAUUCAGAAAAGCCUUAUUACAUAGAAUGCAUACUGUUUACUUAAAAGAAAGCUAUACCACUAACCCAUAGCUAUUCAGUACUAAGAAAAUUACAUUCUAGUACUAAACCAAUACUGCAUUAAACCCUCCAUUCCCUUGACCCCAUAUCUGCUCAUCAAAGUAAUUCUUUUUCGAAUCCCCUUAUCGAUCAUCCGUAUCAGAACAGGAAGUGGUAACAACUUGUCACCAUGCCUGAGCUUAUUCCUCUCCCUCCAGACGGCUUGGAAAGCAUAUCGAAUACAGAACAGACUUUUCUUGUCUCUAGUCAAAUUUGUUAGAAUCUCCAAAAUCUCAGACCAAGAAUUAGUGAAGGAGUUACACACAAUCUCUUUCUCUCUUACGACUCUCUUGUGUUGUUGAGUUUCAAGGAAGAAGAAGAUGGAAACAAAAUCGCUAAAGGUAGAAAUCAGUGUACAUGCAACGCCUGAUCAAGGUCAUCUGUCCUUAGGGUUUUUAAACUCUGUCUUGAUUAGUCAAAUUUGGGUAAUCGAAGAAUUUUUCGUAGACGAGAGUGGCGAUGGUAAUAUCACGAGUCUUGGCUCUUACCCCGAUUCUUUUUCUUUUCCCGACAUGCCAUCCCUUCUCAGGUUCCAUGACUUUACACCAAGCAACGUUCAUCAGCAAAUCAAGGGACACUUCAACGAUCAUGUCUUGUCUCGACUUAUCACCGAUCAUAUUGUUGUCGAAUCCAGAAGAAGAGACUUGCCUCAAGGACCCUUGCUGAUCACGGUAUUCCUCAGAUUUACCAAGAAAGAGUACAUUGUCCUGCCUUGUAAUUCAGCUCCUCAGACAACAAAAGUAGAAGGAACUUGUGCGGUCUGCCUAGAGGAUAUGUCGGACACUAAGGAACAGGCCCUAUGCCAACCGCCUGGUUGUGCACCUUUGUUUCAUGAAGUUUGCUUGAUCAAGUGGUUGGAUCGACAUGACUCUUGUCCUCUCUGUCGCCAAUCUACAAAUUCCUUGACCAACAACCCCAGUAAAGCUUUGGAAGAGUUAGGAGAGGCUUAGCUAGGGAUGAUUUUGUUAAUCCGUUUGUGAAAGUCUGUUUAGGGUUUAAAUCAUUUAUUUUUGUGAUUUGGUUGAUAUUUGGCGUAUAGGUUAUUGGUUUAUUAUGUAUCGACAUUUUUUGCUGCCAACAGUGUAAUGCAGUAGUUUUUUUUUAAUGAAAUUGGUUCGCAUUGAUUCCCGUCUUAAAUUCAUUGCAUUAUCAAUUUUUCAUUACAAGCCUUGUUUCUGGCGUGGAACUGACAAAACAUUACCUAUGAAACCAAGUUAUACUUUAUCGUAUGCGAGCUAUGAUAAGGCCGAAGCCGAAAUACUAA